AUUGAAUUCUUGUACCGUACUGUUGAAUAUACCAGACUAUCAAAUGGAGAUCCCCGUACAUGACGUGGUUAACACUGAGGAGGAAACCUUCAGAGCAUCCAGUGGAUCAUCACAGAAGGGAUUGAUAACUGUAACUCUACGCAGAGAGAAUACGAACCAACCUUGGGGAUUCAGACUUCAGGGUGGCAAAGAUCGAGGUCUUCCCUUCCAAUUGUUAAAAGUUCCUCUUGACAGUGUAGCAAGCCAUUGUGGAUGUCAGACCGGAGAUUAUCUGGUUAAGAUCUGCGGAGAGGAAGUGUUCUCUCUAACCCAUGAUCAGGCCCUCAGUCGGAUAAAGAAGGCUGGUAAUGAGCUGAGUAUGGUUGUAGAACGAGGAGAGAAGAUCUGUCCAACUAUAAACGAAGCUUUUCCUAAACAGAAACAAGAACCCGUUGAAGUUGACACUAAACCUAAACCAUAUUAUCAACAGGUUCUAGAGAGAACAGGUGAGAUGCCUGGACAGAAGAAUAAAGGAUUCACAACUGUUGGAAAAGCCAAGAUGGCGACCAAACAGUACAAUUCUCCUCUUGCUAUGUACAGCGAAGACAUUAUUGAUGAAAUCAUGACUCAGGGAACAGCAUUGGGAAAAGAAAUUGAUCCCGGAAAUCCGUGGAAUAUGACCGGAAAAACAUUUGAUGCCGCAAAAUCCGGCGUUCUAUCCGCCAUUAUGGAGAAGGAGAAGACGACAUUUAAUCAUCAGCUGUCAUAACCAUGCUUGUUCAAGGAUUAUCUUACAAUGCAAUCUUUUUAUUGCUCUUAUUUUGUUCAGAAAAGCUUCUGGAAACUUCCCAAUGCAAAGAUUAUGUUUUGGCUAAAAACUGUCCGUGCAAUGAAUUAUUAUUCCUCAAUAUUACUUGUUUUCCUAAAUGUAGAUUUGUGUUGUUUUAUGGGUUUUUAAUAAAGAAAUUUUUAAUAAAAGAUUUCCAUUUC